GCGAACCAAAGCCGCUUACAAUAUCACAAAUUCGAUUUUUGUCGAUCGAACUUGAGCUGUGAUUUAUCAAACGCAAUGGAAACGCUCUGCCCUUUCCUUCGACACACGCUAAGCCUUGUCCUGCUGAUGGUCUCCCUUCAGUCAUCCUGGGCAGCUCCUGCUCUGCGCUUCAACGACAACGAACUGGAUGAGCUGGCGGCCUAUCCCACAUCGCCCAGCCAAGUGCUGCCCAUCCAGCCGCUGCUCAUCUAUCCGCAGCAGCGAGCAAAUCUCUACCAGGCACGUACCCUGGGAGGAAACGACGACAGGGACAUCAUUUUCGUGAAGCUGCUGCAGGACAAGUCCAGCGGGUACCGGCCCAAGCAGCAGCGCCUCGUUGUGGAGGAGGAGAAACCCUCGCAGCGCAAGGAGCUGGGCCUGAAGGACUUCUUCUACGUGAAGGCCCGCACCAACGGGCGCUUUAGUCACGAGCGUCUGAAGGUCUACAGAGUGCCCGAGUUCUACGCCAUCAGUGUGUUCCGCAACGGAGAUACAUAAGUAGAGGGGUGCGAAUGCGCUGCACCUUAACGAUGCACAGAAGUAAUUUAAGUUAUUUUUAAGACGCUAUAAAUAAAUACCGUACCUCAGGACACCUUAAGUGCA